AUGGACAACUUCUUGAAAUCGCUCGACCAUUUAACGGAAACGGUUAGUGCUAGUGCAUGUCGCCCGCAUGAGCUCCGUCAUCUCGCGAAAAACAAUGAUACUUCACUGAACCGAGAAGCCGCCGAGGAUAUUUCAAAGAGGCAUUUGAAGGCUUUUCUCGAACGGGUUGAUGAAGAAGUGCGUGAACUUUGUCGCCAUCAGGAGUUGGAAAAGCGAUUUGACGACUUGGAACGUCUGGAUGAGAAAUGUGCAGCCAAAUACGGAAGAGAUUCCAAAGGAUAUCGCCCAGUUGGGGAUCCCAAUGUCGACACGGACGGCUUAUUAAGCAAGACCAAGAUUGAGUACAAGAAGAACCUGGAGAAGUAUAUUGUGGAACUUGAUGAACAAAUUCAGGAUAACUCUCAAGUGCUUGAUAAUAAUUCGAUGGUGAUGAAGAAACUUUACGAGGCUGUGCGGGAACAUUAUUCAACGAAUGAUUCUCUGAUGAGCACUAAGCUAGACGCCGAA